UUAUGCAGUAGCCUAAUUAGCGUAGCCCGCCCCGCCGGGUCCCGCCCGGCUCCCCCGCAGGCGGUAGCGAAGGCAGCAGCAGCGGUGGCGACAUGAGCAGCGGGGCGGCGUCCGGGACAGGGCGGGGGCGGCCCCGGGGCGGGGGGCCUGGGCCCGGGGACCCCCCGCCCAGCGAGACACACAAGCUGGUGGUCGUGGGCGGCGGCGGCGUGGGCAAGAGCGCGCUGACCAUCCAGUUCAUCCAGUCCUACUUCGUGUCUGACUACGACCCCACUAUCGAGGACUCCUACACGAAGAUCUGCACUGUGGAUGGCGUCCCGGCCCGGCUGGACAUCCUGGACACCGCGGGCCAGGAGGAGUUUGGGGCCAUGAGAGAGCAGUACAUGCGUGCCGGCCACGGCUUCCUGCUGGUGUUCGCCAUCAACGACCGGCAGAGUUUCAACGAGGUGGGCAAGCUCUUCACACAAAUUCUCCGGGUCAAGGACCGCGACGACUUCCCCAUCGUGCUGGUCGGGAACAAGGCAGAUCUGGAGGCACAGCGCCAGGUGCCCCGAUCAGAAGCAUCGACCUUUGGCGCUUCCCACCACGUGCCCUACUUUGAGGCCUCGGCCAAGCUGCGUCUCAACGUGGACGAGGCUUUUGAGCAGCUGGUGCGGGCCGUCCGGAAAUACCAGGAACAAGAGCUCCCCCCCCCUCCCAGUGCCCCCAGGAAGAAGGGCGGUGGCUGCCCCUGCGUCCUCCUGUAGCCCAGGCAAGAGAGAAGCAACAGGCACAAGCUCUUGGGACCAGCUGCCUUCGCACCUUGCUGU